AUGGCGGAAGAGGGCCAGGUGAUCAGUUGCCACAGCGCCGAGUCGUGGAGCGAGCAGAUCGCCAAGAGCAACGAAUCCGACAAGCUGGUGGUUGUCGAUUUCACUGCUUCAUGGUGCGGACCAUGCCGUUUCAUUGCACCAUUCCUAGCUGAGCUGGCCAAGAAAUUCCCUAAUGUUCUGUUUCUGAAAGUUGAUGUUGAUGAGCUGAAGACGGUCGCUCAAGAGUGGGCCGUGGAGGCGAUGCCGACUUUCAUGUUUGUGAAGGGAGGAAAGAUUGUUGACAGGGUGGUAGGAGCCCAGAAGGAUCAGCUGCAGAUGACUUUAGCUAAGCACAUGGCAACCGCUUCGGCUUAA